AGGGAGCAACGACGUGACACUGGAAUUGAUCACAAUGCUAACUUUCUCUUAUAUCAAGUGAUAUUUAACCAUACAUCGAAAUUAGUGCGUUGUUUGAAUAUAGCGACGCCCUAAAUGUACGCAGUAAACAGUGAUUUUGACCAAACAGUCGUUUGUAGAGAUCGAUAUUUUACAGGACGUUAAACGUCUUAUGGUGGCCACAGCCAAUCUUCAACAAUGGACUUGAUUGAUUGCUCCAAGGAGAUUAGGCUACUCUUCAACGAGUAUGAUCGCUUAAGAGGUCUAUCGGCAAAAGAGUGUGCUGCGUCAUUCUGGGAUGCGGUAGUGUUCUCCGUUUGUGAUAAAGCCCAGCGUGAGGCUUUUCAUGAGCACAUUGCCCGUUUUAAGCAGAGCGCAACUAUACCCUUGGUCGACUAUUUGGCAAUUGAGGACGUACCACAAUAUAAAAUGGGAUCUGGCGGUGCAACUAUGCACGUUUUAAAUGAACUCAGCUCUAUUUGGGGCCAGGAAAAUUUAAUGAGUCGGAAGGUACUGCUUAUUCAUACCGGUGGACAAAGUCGACGACUUCCUCAACAUUCAGCAUUGGGCAAAUUGUUCGCUAGAUUACCUUUACCUUUAGAAAAAAAGCAUUUUAAAGAAACUGGCAAUUCGAAUGCCAGUAAUCCGAAAGGUGAUUUAUCCUCGUUUAAUUGCUCUGUGGGAACAAUGCUGGACCUAAAGCUGGCAAUGUACCUUCCAUUUUGCCGUAAAAUGACUUCAGGCGUGUUUCUCACAGCCUCCGACGACAUUGAAAUAUAUGCAAUCGAUGGAAACUUUAAGGUUAAUGCGAGUGGAUUUACGGCAUUGGCACAUCCCUCACCACUUGAGGUUGCUAGAGGACAUGGAGUAUACGUUCUUCCAGAGUUAGUCUACCCUAUCUGCAUCAACACGCCCUGUCUUCGAGUACUUCAGAAACCUUCGAUGGAUGAGAUGAAUCGUCAACAAGCUGUUUUAGCGGAGAGUUUCGCCUACACGGACAGCGCAUUCGCCUUCGGUGCCGAUGUCGUCAAAGCACUGAUCUCCUAUUAUCAGCAACAUCUACCACUCAACGAAGAGAUCUGUGCUUACAGAGAUUUUCUUACUUGCCUCGGAAAGAAAGCACCCAAAGCGACUAAACAGCUCCAGCAGAUGCUGCAGAAAUUCGAGUUAUCAAUUAUUGUUUUACCACAAUCUAUAUUUUAUCACAUAGGCACUCUGGCAGAGUACCUUGACCAUUUAUGUAGUGAUCUCUUAUUUAAGAAGCAGCUUGGCCUUGAUGCCGGGUCUUCGGUGAGGAUUCAUUCUAGUCUCCCUGCCACUGGCCCACAAUCGGCAGGCCGAUAUAUUCUAGAGUUUUGUGAUUUUAGCAAGGUAGCGAAGCUCGUCCUGGGUCGGGACUGCGUUUUGUACGGAUGUCAAGGUCAAGCUGAAGAAUUACAAAUUCCAGACAGUGUAGUCAUGUUCACGGUUGCUGUCAAGAGCCGCGAAGGUUUGAAAAGCUCUGACUCGGGCUAUGUGACCUUAUGUUUCGGAAUUAACGACGAUUUGAAGAGUAGUUCGAAGCUGUUUGGCCGAACUGACGUGGGCACAUGCCUGUGGAAUGCCAACUUAUUCCGGGUAGCCUCUACAAGGAGUGAGUCGUUAGUGACAACAUUACAGGAUAUUAAACAGCCCAUAGUUGGAGGCGUGAAUCGAUACAGUAUGGAAGAUGUUCUAAAACAUAAGUGCAUUAGUGAAAUGCUUGAUUUUCAAGCAACCUUGGUAUCUCAUAUAAACAUGGUUCAGAGUUAAUAUUAAAGCUUUACAAGUGGUUACUGAAGCUGCAUCUACUGUAUAAAAAUAGACAUUGUUAUCGUUUGCCUGGAUUGUCUGUUGGAUCGAGACAAUAAAAUUGAACAUGUCGGCGUAAUAGGUAACGCUUUUUAUUAACAACAAUGGAUACAACUGGGUGGUUACACAUUUAUUUAUUGAGUUACUCUAAGUGCAUUUACAGGAAUUAUAUAUAGACUUUUUCGAGUCCACGAUGACAAUGUUUCAUUUGAAUAAAGUGUUUAUACGAAAUAUUUAU